UAAAAAAACUGGAAAAAAGAGGAGAAAAACACAAAUGGCAUUCUUUCGCAAUUGGCGUUCAUCCCUUCCGCGGGGGCGGGAUUUGCCGCACGAUCGCAUUUCGACGUCCGGCACCAAAGUGGGCAAUAAGCAAAUGAUAAACGAAAGCAAAGGUUCGCCUAUUUCACAAAUUGAUGUCGUGCCCAAUCGGAGUGAAACCUUUAUAUUGGGCGAAGAAGGUGAAGGGCGUUCGCCUUCAAAUAUUUCAGCAAUGGAAAUGAAAAAAUUAAAAAAAUCAAAAUUACCGGUUAAAUUUAAUACGUUUACAAAGCGCAAAAAGGCUCCUCCCGCCUCUGCGCCUGAUACACAUACCAGUGAAGAUGCUCCAACUGAUAAUGUUGAUAAUACUUACGAGAAAUGGUCGACCGAUGGUUUAGAACAAGAAAUAACAGCUGCUUCAUACGAGCUUCCCUUUGAAGAGAAAUCUAGUGAAAUAUCAUUGGCGUACGGGAAUGGAUCCGUUAAAGGGACGGUAAGCUCAGCUACAUGUCAUAUCGAUUCUUCUACAUAUCAAAAAAAUACAAUGUCAAAUGCACUAAGGCAACAAUUUGAGCAGUUAAAAAAGAUGUCAACUUUUGUCGGAAAGAUUGAUAAUUUUCCGGAAGAUGUGCUUAAAAAAGGAACUGAUCGAACCAAUAAGUACAAAACUGUCACGGUAAAUAAUUUUCGUAAAUCAUUUCGUGAGAGAUUUCUGCAACAGGAUAAACGUGCCCCAUAUAAUCCGUCGUGGUUCGUUGAAGUGGAACCCGCAGAAAAGACCACUGAAAUGCCGAAGGAUUCCCAAUUCAAAAAAAAGCGACAUGAUUUGAUAGUAUUUGACAAUGAUAACUACAAGCCGGAAGCACAUGCCCCAGUACAAGAUGCUGAUGGCCGUACUAUACUCGCUAGUCAAUCUUCGGUGAAACGGUACAACACAUUUAAAGUGCAACGUCCACAUAGUUCGCAAGCGAAAAAAUCGAUCCCCGAGAUGUUUAAAGACACAUUACAUGUGGAAUUCAAGAAUUCUAUAACACCAAACCGACUAGGUCGUGUAAUACCAGUUGGCGUAGCCAACCCCAUUACAUCCGCUUAUAUCAAUGACAGUGGAAAGAAACCAACGGUCACUAAGAGGAAAACAAUAUUUACCGCCAGUCAACACGAUGACCUACCUGUGGGAAAUUAUCGGGCAGCAGCCGAUAAUCCCAGAAUCAAUCGAGUAGCGGUUUGUGGAAAUACAGGCAUUCGUUCGGUUCCUACUGCUGAAAGCAUUAGACGCCGUCCGUCGCAGACUUCGGUUACUGUACCAGGCAAUAAUCAACGCAUCGAACUGCAUCCUUGCAGCAAGUAUAUAAGUCCAUCAUCGACGACAACGUGUAAAAAUCGAUUUACUGUUACAACAAACACAUCCAGGCUACCCAAAAAAACGCAUAGUAGUGGAGUCGUAACCUCAAGUCAGACUCCGCGCAAUCCUCAACGAAAGUAUGGAGUUACAACCUCAAGUCAACAGCCAUACGAUUCUUAUAAUGGACACGUCAUUCCUAAUAGAACGCGAAGCCACGAAAGCAGUACACCUGCCAAUAAUAGAAGAAAUCAAGCAGCAACUGGUAAGCCAAUGUCGUCGGUUACGCAAUCGCGUUCAUGUCGCAAUAAUUCAAUCACUGGCAAUAUAUCAAAUGUUAAAUAUUCGCAUGCAAUAUCAUCAGCGCGGAGGCGUUCAGAUUCCCCGACCAAAAUAGCAUGGCGGUAGACAUUUGCCUUAAAUGUGCACGUACAUACAUACCUACAUACAUACAUA